AUGAAGCCAACGGUCGAGUGUGCCAGUCUAGAGGAUGCAGUGAAGUCCGGCUACCCCAAAGACGUGUUGUUUGACGUGAAGAUCCCCGAUGCUGCGACUCGAAUUGGGGACAAUGCUUUCGAAGACUGUGAUUGCUUGGUUCGCCUUAGUAUCCCAGAUUCCGUGACAGAAAUUGGAGACUGGGCCUUCUCUGGCUGCCGCUCUUUGACGAGCCUGACAAUCCCAAAUUCAGUGACACACAUUGGGUACAAUGCCUGCAGAGGCUGCAGAUCUUUCAUGAGCCUGACGAUCCCAGAUUCGGUUACAGAAAUUGGUGAGGAUGCCUUUUCAGGCUGCAGCUCUUUGACAAGCCUGACGAUCCCAAAUUCAGUCACAGAAAUUAGUGAGGGUGCCUUCGCGAGUUGCAGCUCGUUGAUGAGCCUGACGAUUCCAGAUUCAGUGACGCGCAUUGGUGAGGAUGCCUUCUCUGGCUUCAGCUCUUUGACAAGCCUGACGAUCCCAAAUUCAGUCGCAGAAAUUGGCGAGGGUGCCUUCCGUGACUGCAGCUCUUUGAUGAGCCUGACCAUACCAGAUUCAGUGACCCAAAUUGGGAAUAGUGCCUUCUCUGGGUGCGGCUCUUUGACGAGCGUGACGAUCCCAAAGUCACGAGAACAUGAUUGGCCUGAGCGGAUCUUUCACAAUCCGUCCAUUCAGUGGACAUUCACCGAGGGUCGCUGA